AAGAAGAAAAUCGCCAACGAUCCUUUUGCGGGCAUGGACGCUUUUGUGGACUACCAGAAAGAGAUCGAACGUUUGAAAGCUUUGGUGCCCAAAGUCGAGACCAAAAAACGACCCAACGGCCGUCCAAAAUCCACGGGGGCUGAUACCAAUCCCACUUCAGUGAUCUCGGAAGAGGAAAGAAUCCGAUUUCUUGAAUUUGUACGCAGCUGGACUGGCGGUUGGAAACGCUGGGAAGGUAAUGGCGUGACCGAUUUGACGGAUGCGGGCUCUUUGUGGGCUAGACAGACCCCCUGGACUUGCACGGUG